AGCUUCAAUGCGAAGCUGAGAACAUAUUAAUUUUGAUGCUAGAGGCAGAAUUACAUAAGUACGGAGAACUUUUAGAAAAAGCAAAUACGUUAGGUCUUCAAUUAAUGAAAAAUAGUAGCCCUCGUGAUGUAAAACGAAUUGAAGAAAUGAUAGACGAAUACAAAAUGUUGUAGAAAGAUAUCAGCUUCCGCAUUAACAAAUUAAAAAUAACUUGUGUCGUGGAAACUUCACGUGUCAAAAAAAUGUGUAAUUCGUAAUGCGAAGAUGGUGUAUUCCGAAUGUUCAAUGGUCCCAGUUGGUACUUUGUGCAAUUGUACUGUUCCUUCUAGGGAGCUUACAUAUUUACAGAGGUCCAAAUGGAGGAUUAUCAACUUUGGACGACCCUGUCGUCGGCGAGGAUACUUCCACACUACCGGACUACAGAAUGUAUCAAAGGCUAAAGUUUCAGAAAACUACCAGGAGAUUGCCUCAGGCAAUCAUAAUAGGUGUUCGGAAAGGAGGCACUCGGGCAUUGUUAGAAAUGUUGUUCAUGCACAAAUCCGUACAAAAGGCCAAUGGGGAAGUGCACUUCUUCGACCGAGACGACAACUACAACCAAGGUUUGGAAUGGUACCGCAAGCGCAUGCCCUAUUCAUACCCCAAUCAAAUCACCAUUGAAAAAAGUCCAAGCUAUUUUGUUACUUCCGAGGUACCUGAGAGGAUCAAAGCAAUGAACUCUAGUGUCAAGCUAUUGCUUAUACUUAGAGAACCAGUAAUAAGAGCUAUAUCAGAUUAUACUCAAUUACAUAGCAACCCAAUGGCUAACAAAAGCAGCAAGUCUUUUGAACAGUUGGUAAUUCGUUCAGAUGGCACAGUUAAUAUCAACUAUCGGCCGAUCUCUGUUUCCACGUAUCACAACCAUAUCUAUAGAUGGCUUGACGUGUUCCCCAGGGAACAAUUAUUCGUUGUUAACGGCGAUCGAUUAAUUACCAAUCCCGUGUCGGAACUGAGACGUAUCGAGUCAUUUUUGGGUCUUGAUCAUCGUAUAGGUGCUGAGCACUUUUACUUUAACCGGACGAAAGGGUUUUAUUGCUUAAGAUACCAAUCAGGAGAUAAAUGUUUAAAAGAAACAAAGGGAAGGAAACAUCCAGACGUGCAUCCCUUGGUUAUAUCCAAACUCAGAGAGCAUUUCAGCCAACAUAAUCAAAAACUCUACGAUGUGUUGGGUCAAGAUUUUGGUUGGCCUGAAAAAUAAUGACGAUUUGUUCAAUGAAUGUGUUCUGUAAUAUCAUUCAUUGUCAUACCAAAUAUUUUCAUACAGGGAGUUACAUAUUUAUACUAAAUAUGACUUAACGAAACAUAUCUUAGAGUUACACAGUUGUAAUGAGCCCUUUUUUUAUAUUUAGCCAUUUAAGUCGUUUUAAUUAGGUUGAGGGAUUUUAAAUGUCAUUUCCCAGUCUAACAACUUACAAUUUUAUAUUGUUCUAAAGUAUUCAUUUUUAAAAUUGUUAUUCGCACAACUUUUUAUAAUAUAUAUUUGAUUUAAAAAUAAUAAUUAUUUGAAUCUAGCAGUUAUUUAUUUAGUUGUACUAAACCUAUAUAAAACCGAUUUAUGAACAUGAUAAACAUUUUCUAUAUCACCUUAUAUAAUUUAAAUUUCUUAUGUUAAAAAUACACAUAUCAAAUAAAUACGAAUUGUUACAUGUACUUAAAACAUAUCAUAAAAAUUAUCAAACAUAUCAUUGUUUUUUUAAUCAAUAUAGAUUAUAAUUUAUAUAUUUGUAUACUACAAGUAAACUAUACCAAAUAAUUUCUAUUUUAUUUAAAUUUCUAUUAACCAUUAACUAAAAGUUUUUUUUAUUUAUGAUUGAGUUUACAGUUGAAAAAGUGUUUUUUUAAAUAUUGUGGUAAUCAUACAAACCUCCUACGUACUUGCCUAUCAUGGCAUACGAGACACGUUACCAACCUAGUCGUAUAAACCAACUAGUUUAGGUAAUUUUUGUUUAAUAAUUCUAAUAGAUUACAUAAUUAAAGAUAAAAUUUCUGAAAUAAGAUAAUUUACAAUAAUUAAAUUUUCUAUUUACAUAUAUUAUGUUUAAAUUUAAAACACAUUUAAUAGUUUAUUUUAUAAUGGUAAAUUACAUAUUACUUCUACAGAAUUAGAUAAAAUUUUAUAAAAUAAAAAAAUGAUUUUUUUUAUACAAAUUUAUAAUUACCCAAUAAAUUAUUCACAGAAUAAUUUCUGGUAACUUAUAGUUACAUAUUGUACUUAAAUCAUAAGCUAAGUAACAUUGUAUUUAGGUAAAAUGUUUCAGUUCAUCCCUUGAAAUUUUAUUUUUUUUUAAUGGAAUCAUGUACUUAUAAUUAUUAUUUUUAUUUUAUAGUGUUGGAAUUUUUUAUUAAACUUAAUUCGUUUAUCAGUUAGAACAUUAUUAAGUGUCAUUUUUUUAAGUGAAAAUCAUGUAUAACAUUUAAGGGAUUACAAAUACAAGUAGCUAAUUGAUUCUUCAUGACGUCGCUAUUCACAGGUACACAAUGGUCAUUGCCUAUUAAAAAAACUGUUUAGUGAUAAUAUUAAGGUUGUAUUAAGACAAAAUGUUACAACUGAAGGGUUAUGAAUAAACAUACAGUUCUUUCAAAAAUAUUAAACAUUUUAAUUUUCUGUCGAUAAGAUCAUAAUUUACAAUAAACAAUGUGUACCUAUGAAUAGACACAUCAUAAACAAAUUUAUUAGCUAACAUUUAGUAUAAUCCUUCGUAUUUUAUAAAUGUAUUUUAAUUAAAAAAUUCGAAACUUUAAAAUGUUAAAUUUAAUAAUCUCAUAAAGUUAUAUUCAAAAUUCAAACGCCAUUUAUUAUUAAAAAAAACUUAAACUCUUUUAAAUUCAAAAUAUAUGUUAACGUAAAAAAACAAAAUUGACACUCUUAAAGGGUAAAAGGGAUGGAAAGUACUACAUAAAUAAUAAUUUGAAAGCAAUAAUUACUAAAAAAUUUUUUUAAUUAUUUUUACUUAAAUGGCUUAUAUAUGGAUCAUUCUGUAGUUUAAUUAAUAUUAAAAAGAAAAAUAUUACCAGAAGUCACUUGACGUACCUUUUUAUUUUAAUGCCUAAAUAGUACAAAAUAUAAGAAUGUUUAUCAUUUUAUUAUUGUUGUCACUUAGUAUUACCUUUCAAACACAAAACAUAAAAUUUAUAUUUGAAGAAAAUAAUCAGUAGGAAUCAAACUCAGAAUAUUUAUUUUUUAUCUCAACAAUAAUGUCACUUAUUAAGCUAACCAUAAUAAAUUACAUUAAAACAAACAAAUAAUAUUUUGAAACACUCCAAAAUCUUAAUUUUUUUUAGAUUAUAAAUUAGCUAAAUUUUGGAAGUAGAAAUGUUAGUACAAUUAUUAUUAAAUUGAAUUAUUUAAGUUUACGCAUUAAUUAUAUGGUAUUGAAUAGAAUUUCUCUUAUUGUUAUCUCUAUUUUACCAAAAAACAAUUUGCUUAAUUAUUUUUUUUGGCAACAUUAAGCUUAACUAUUGUGUACAAUGAUUUUUAACAUAUUUUAACUACUUUAAGGUAAUAUUGUUAACGCAUGAAUUUAACUAAAACAUAUCAAUAUUUGAAAUUAAAAUUUUUAAAAAUACAUAUCAUUUUAUUGUGAAUGAAAUAUUUAGAUGAGAUUAAUUUUAUAUUUAAAAUCUUUAUAUCUACUUUAU